GCGGUUGCGCAUGCGCUGGCGAGAGCGCCCAGGGUAGUGAGUCUCCGUGACUCUUGAGGGCGGGCGAGCGAGCGAGCGAGCCGGGUUGAGGUGGCGGCGAGGGUGGCUGCUGCCAUGUUGUUCUCUGUUGGUUUUCGGACUGCCUUUCCACGCUUGGUGACAAAUAUCCGCUGCCUUCUUACAUCUGCAGAAUGCAGGAGUAGUGCUGGAACUCUAUUUGUGCACAGAGAUACUGCUGAAAACAACCCAAAUACCCCCUUUGAUUUCACUCCUGAAAACUAUAAGAGGAUAGACGUAAUAGUAAAUAACUACCCAGAAGGACAUAAAUCUUCGGCAGUAAUCCCAGUCCUGGAUUUAGCUCAAAGACAACAUGGAUGGUUACCUAUAUCAGCUAUGAAUAAGGUUGCUGAGAUUCUACAAAUGCCUCCUAUGAGAGUUUAUGAAGUAGCAACGUUUUAUACAAUGUUUAAUCGUAAGCCUGUUGGGAAAUAUCAUAUUCAAGUCUGCACUACCACACCUUGUAUGCUUCAAGAUUCAGAUAGUAUAUUAGAAGCCAUUCAGAACAAGCUUGGUAUAAAAGUUGGGGAAACUACAUCUGACAAACUUUUCACUGUAACUGAAGUUGAAUGUUUGGGAGCUUGUGUAAAUGCACCAAUGGUACAAAUAAAUGACAACUAUUAUGAAGACCUGACAACAAAAGACAUUGAAAACAUAAUUGAUGAACUGAAAGCUGGAAAUGUUCCAAAACCUGGACCAAGAAGUGGACGUUUCUCUUGUGAGCCAUCUGGUGGUCUGACUUCUCUGACACAACCACCCAAAGGACCUGGUUUUGGAGUUCGGUCAGAUCUUUAAAACUAUUGUUCUACGUGUAAAAUCAUUGAAAAAAUAAAUUCUAAAAUAUGGACAAUGGAAAUUCAAGUUUAUAUUGUUAUUUUAAACAGGCUAAACAUGUAUUUUAUUUGUUAGAAACAAGAAAUGGAAGAACCAAAUUCCAGUUAUUCAGAAGCAGCAGUGUAGAUCAACUACAUUUAUAAUUAUUCAUGAAUAGUUAUAUAGAUAUUUGUUUCCCUAUAUUAUAUGUGACACAUCAGAAGUACAUAAAAUAAAUGUAAUGGAAAAGAUAGCAUACUGUUCAUUAAUUACAAGAUUUUGCAAACAAAUGAAUCUCUUUGGCAUCCUACAAUACAGGAUUAAUUGGUAUACUGAUGAAGUAGCCAGAAUGCUAUACAACUUCUUUGGAGAUAAUGGCACAAAGAGAAUUUUUAAAAAGUGUGAUUCUGAAUAAUAUUCUUACAAAAAUACUUGUCUACUGUUAAAUGAGAACCGAAGAAAAAUUUUAGUCUUAAAAAAAAGCCUUGCACUGAUUGCCUAUUACUUUUGAGAGCAUUGCCUUUCCACAAACUACUAAAAAUUGAGUUGGUCUGGAGUCUUUUAAAAGAACUGACAUCACAGUGACUUGUGUUACUGUGUCCUUUGUUUUUAUUAUUCAUUUAUUAUGCGUGUUUUAUCAUUAUGUAUGUAAAGUGCUGUCCUUUUAUUGUGACAGCAAAUCAGGCAAAUAAUUAAUUAAAAUGACAUAUCUAUUAAUGCCAAUUAUACCUGUUUUUGAAGUAUCCACCCCAAAUGACUACCAAAAAAUUAAAAAUGUAGACAAUUCUGCACCAUAAUGUGUAUUUUAUGUGUAUUAUACUUUUAUGUGUAUAAAACUUAAAUUGUACAUUACCCAGACAUAUACAUAAAACAGGUAGUUUAUAAAUUUUUUUAGUAAAUAAAUGGAAAAAUGUUUUUAAUUUCUAACAGGAAAAUGAAUUAAUCAUCAAUUUGUCCAAUAACGUCAGUCUGAAAAAUACCAAACUAUAUAUCAGAUACAAUCAUGUAUAUCAGACAUACAAUCAAAGAACUAAGAACAAUAAGUUUUAUUGCAUACUCUUCCCAAUAGGUUAGAGGCAUAGUUUGGUCGGAAUCUUAAUUCUUCUGUUGCUUGCCAUACUUCUGAAGAUAUCCAUAAAUUCUUGUAGUUUUCUGUUGUGGUAAUGAUCAUAAUGUGAUCUAAAUUUAUCUUCUAGUAGUUUCUUAUAAAUAGGAAAAUCUAAAGUAUUUUGAAUGCUAAUAUACCGAUUGUAUAAAAUUUCAGUAUAUAGUCCUUGCAUCUUGCUGAUUUUUGAACUUUAAUCUGUCAAGUGGGAUAUUUUAGUAUACCACAUUCUUCUAUGUUCAGAAAUCUUUUGGAAAACUUUGUUUUUCCAUAAUCUGGUUCUAUUCUCAAUUAUUGUUACAGAUGUCAUUAUAAUUCUGCUUGUAUUUUUUUCUGAAUUUUUUUAUUAAGUUUCUUUCCAUGAUCUCAGGUUUUCUUAGUUUUGGCUUCUCUCUUCUUGGCAAUUUUCCAUCAUCUGUUCUGAUAUGCAUUAUUGUUUCAUCUGCUGUUUGACCUUUUACAAUCUCUUUUCAUAUUGACCAUUAACAACUUAUUUGAUUUCAUUCUAUAGUUCCUCUGGUUCCUUAUAAAUGAUGUUCAGGUUUUGAAAGCAAUUCUUGAUGUUAUCCUUGAAAUUGGGUGAUUGGUUUAUGCUCAGGAUCAUAUUGUAGAAACUCCUUGGCUUUCUUUCACUUUAGCUUGACUUGGAAUUUGCACAUGAGCAGUUGGAUCUGCUUCACAAUCAUCCCCUGGCAACAUUUUUUUUUCCUAUUAUACAACUUUUCCAAUAAUCGACAAUAAUGUAGUGUUUAAUUUUUGUGUGCUGUGACUGGAAUGUCCAAAUGUGUAGCAGUUUUGGUUGUUUGAAGAAUGUGUUAACAAUAAAGAAAUUAUUGGAUUGUCAAAAACGAAAUUCUUCUGCUUCAUUUUCGUUUCCUAAGGUAACACUGUUUUCCUCCUUUUCCAACUAUGACAUUCUAAUCAAUCACAAGCAGCAUAUUUUGUUUCCACAUUCUGUUCUUUCAGAUUGAACUUGAUCAUAAAAUUUGUUAACCUUGAUACUGUAUCAAUUAUUGAAGUAAGGCUGUCCCAGAAGUGUAAGACAUAUUUUGUCACUGACUAGACUCAACCCCAUCUUUGCUAGAAUCCUAUGAAAGAAAUGCCAUUUUUUGUUUUUGUUUUAAAUUUCCUUAGUAAAACAAACACAAAACUACUCAAUUCCAGAUACUUCAAUUCACUAAUACACAUAAUCAUGUGUAGAUGAUUCAUUGUAUGAUUUCAGUGUUGAGAUGUUCCAUAUCCAUGUUUCUUAUCUUCUAUGUUCCCCCUGUAAUUCUGUUUUCAGUUUCAGAUUUUAUUUUGCUACAUUGCAACUUUGCCGCAACUAGAUGCCCAGAACUAGACCUGGUUUCCAUCUAGCCAUGUCAUAAAACCAUUAGUAGUACUUAAAAGACCUCAACUGUUCUUAAUAUUGUAUUUGCUAUCAUAUGUUUAAGUGGCACUUGGUCCAUGAGGCCCAUCACCUGGCAUUAUAUCAUCAAUCCCUUUAUUCUGUCUAUCCAGAUGGCUUUCAUGGUUACAGGAAUGCCUUACCAUUGCCUUUUCCCAUGCAGUAUGAAAUGAUAUAUUUGCAGUUGUUGCUAAAGAAAUCAUCCAUUUCCUCUUUUUCUUAUGUGACUGCUUUCAUAUAUAAAUCCCUGUCUGCUUUAAAAGGGUACCUAGGAUGACCUUCACAUCCCAGAUGAUGUAACUAUAUUGUAUUGGCCUGGUGUUCAUAGCUCAUU